AUGAUUGCUCGUGGUAUCGCCGAUGAGACGACUCAGGGAGGGAAUCAUGGAAUGGAUAUCGCUGAACGCCUAGCGAAAACGCUACCACGAUUACCAAAUGUGAUUCACAGUCAAAUGGAAGGCAAACCUGAGGAACUACGAGAGAUGAUAUCACAGAUGCUCGGAGAUGGGUUGAUAAGUCAACUUGUGGUGAAUCCUCUUGGGGUAGCCGAAGGAAUGGGAGUGCCGUUGAGCACGUUGGGAAUCAACAAAACUGAUGUUGAGGGCCGAUUUGGCGGGGCCCACUCAAACCGCACAUUCAGUGGAGGCCUGUUUCCGUUUGUCACAACACAAUCUACGACUACAGAAAAGGUCAUGUAUCUGGAUGGUGUACCAAUAAAAGAUUUCGAUGAGUUUGUCAGGAAUAGAAACCUUGAGGAACGCUUUUCAACGAAGAAGCCAGCAACUACCACUACUCCUGUGCCAUCUGCAAGCGAUAUAGCGGCAGCAGUUGUUGAUCAGCUCAAAGUAUCAAUGCCAGUAGCCCAGGUUUCAUCACCAAUGCGCGAAACCUAUGAGCCAAAGCGUUGUGCACAAAAUUUUCGAUAUGUCUUUAAUUGA